AUGGAAAGGACACUGGACACCCCCUGGACACUCCCUGGACACCCCCUGGACAGGACACUGGACACCCCCUGGACACCCCUGGACACCCCCUGGACACUCCCUGGACACUCCCUGGACACCCCCUGGACACCCGCUGGACACCCCCUGGACACCCCCUGGACACUCCCUGGACACCCCUGGACACCCCUGGACACCCCUGGACACCCCUGGACACCCCUGGACACCCCUGGACACCCCUGGACACUCCCUGGACACCCCCUGGACACCCCUGGACACCCCUGGACACUCCCUGGACACCCCCUGGACACCUGCUGGACACCCCUGGACACCCCUGGACAGCCCCUGGACAGGACGCUGGACACCCCUGGGCACCUGCUGGACACCCCCUGGACACUCCCUGGACACCCGCUGGACACCCCCUGGACACCCCCUGGACACUCCCUGGACACCUGCUGGACACCCCCUGGACACCCCCUGGACAGGACACUGUAA